UCUCAUAGUUUCGUUCUUCAAAAAAAACCAAAAACUUUAUUUUCGGGAUUUUUACGUUAAAUUUAUCUGCAGGUCGCAAAAGACGGACUGAAACCCCGUGGAUUCUUUAGGAGACAUACCAGGCAGCUCUGUAGUGUUUAACUCUACUUCGGGCAACAUGUCCUCUGAGGGGGCAGAGCCAGCAGGUGAACUCAAGUUACAUCGUCUGACAACCUGGUUUGACCCUGAAACUGCCGCGGUGGUGACCAUCCUGCUGGGGUUGUUCCAGGUGCUUCUGUCGGUUCCUCUGGGGUAUGCCAGCAUCCAAGCGCCCUUACUUUUCAUCCUGCCUCUGGUCUUAGGAAUCUUUAUAGUUGCAGGAGGGUCGUUCACUGUGGCCAAUGAGAGGAACCCGAGCAGACUGCUGCUCCGGGGCUGCGCGUGCAGUAACUUGGUCGGCCUGCUGGGGGCGACGCUGGCCUUCUGCCUGUACUGUUACAGGCUGAGCAAAAUCCAAAUCACAGAACCCUGCCCCCCCAUCAUCCAUGACAUGGACUACUAUCGCUCAGCUCGAAAAUGUCCCGGAGAAGUGCUGGCAGCUCACUGCUGGUGUCUGAUCCUGCUGCUGCUGCUCUACACCACAGGAGCUGUGCUGAUGCUCAUCCUCCUGUCCGUGUCUGCUCUGAGAGCACUGAAAAAAGACUAACACACACACAGCAAACACACUUACAAACUUACGCAUAUACCAUUUUAAUGUACCAUUAAAAAUCAUGUUAUUCCAAAACAAUA